CAAAUAGAACGCAAAAAGUGGCAGCAGAUACAUUUUUGCCGAGAAGCGCAAUCAAACAUAAAUAAAAAAUUAGCAACAAGGACCUAAAAGGCCAAAGUUACAACAAAAACAUGGCCAUUGCUGAGCAUGACAAUGUUUUUAUUUUUGUGCCAAACAUAAUCGGUUACGCCCGGAUCGUUUUGGCCCUUAUUGCGUUUUGGUUUAUGUCGACAAACUAUGUAAUUGCCGGUUGGUGUUAUAUAAUCAGCGCCUUGCUGGAUGCCGUUGAUGGACAUGCCGCCAGGGCUUUCAAUCAGAGCACUCGCUUUGGUGCUAUGCUGGAUCAGUUGACGGAUCGUUGUGGCACGACAGGAUUACUGGUCACCCUGUCAUAUUUUUAUCCCAACUACAUGUUCUGGUUCCAGCUGUCUAUAGCCAUUGAUGUGGCUUGCCAUUGGCUUUAUAUGCAAACGAGCGUUGUCGUCGGCCGCACUUCCCACAAGGUCAAUGAUAAUUUUGUGAUGCGCAUUUAUUAUCAAAAGGAUGUUUUGACCUUCAUGUGCUGUGCCAACGAGUUGUUCUACGUGUGCUUAUAUCUAUUGCAUUUCACCUAUGGUCCACUGAUACUUGGAGCAUCGUUGUUUAAAAUUUUAGCCUUCCUCAGUGGACCGUUUGCGGUAUUGAAGGCAUUGAUCUCAGUGAUGCAUGCUUAUGUAGCUGGCCAGGAUUUGGCUGCAGUCGAUGUACGUGAACGCCAGGAGAAGCGUAACAAAAAGCCAUCAUCAGAGCCAUCUGGCAAAAAAAUAGAGUAAUCGAUCUCUAACCAACUCUCUCACAAAACUCAGUUUGAGAUAAAGUACUAAUGAAACAAAUGAAAAAAUGAAAACUCUUUGAUUCCAAAUGUUAUUAAUGUAUUUUUAAACAAACAAAGAAAAAUUGUAGAUGAAUUUUAUGAAAAUAUUUUCAUAUUCUUUGUAUACGCUCUUUUUGUUGUUCGGUUUUAACAAACUUUUUUUUCUUUUUUUGUUAUAACGUAUUCCAUGAUUUUGUAUUUAAUGAAAACCGAUGAUUGUAGUAGAAAUAUUUAUUUUUGGACUUUAGUUAUGCAUUAAUUUACACUAAUAAUUAAUAUAAAUAUUAAUAUAUGUAUACAUAUAUUUCGUAUAUACAAAUUUUUUUGAUCUUUUCUUUUGAUUUGUUUAUUUUGAUAUAUAUAAAACUAUUAAACUUACUUCCAAUAUGUGUUAAAGAAACAAAAUCUUCGUUAAUCCACAAUCCUGUCCAUUAUCCCCAAUGGAACUACACCAAUAUGUUCCUUCCAAUAUGUGUAUGUAAAACUCAAUGUAACAAAAGUGUCAGUAAGCCUGGCAUAUUUAGUCAUAAAAAUGUAUGAAAGAAUAAAAACAUAUUAGUUUUUGUUUUCUGUGUGUGUAGUCAAGUUGAAA